AUGUUCUUCUCCGAACUCUUCUUCUUCCCGACCCAAACACGAGUGAUUGAAACAGUGCACAGGCCGCACGAUGAAAAGCGAAGGCAACAAACAGCUACCACUGCCGGUGUAGUGUGGAGUGAAGCCAGCAACAACAAUCAUGGCCUGUGCAAUGCAGGAGAUGAUGAGAUAGAGUGGAGACAAGCAAUCAUUUUUUUGUUUGUGGUCGUUUUGGCUUUUCUUAUGCUUUCUUUGAGUUUCAUCAAAGACAUUAUGGCAUCCUGUUCAGAUAUUAAUAGACUGAACGAGAAAUGGCACAUUGCUGGAGCACUCGACUUUGAGAGAUAUCGACUAUUACUUCCUAGGCGGAGUAGUCACACUAUGUCUCCACCAGAGGUACUUUUGCCAUUUCUCAAGGAGGCUGGUUUUGGGGACGCUAUCCAGCUUAAGGACUUUAUCUUUGACAAUACCUUAAUAUCUGCAUUUGUUGAGAGAUGGAGGCCGGAGACACACACAUUUCAUCUAUCAUGGGGUGAGUGCACGAUCACUUUACAAGAUGUGGCAUAUCAUCUCGGCUUAUGUACUGAUGGCGAGCCUGUUGGGGGGUGCAUGAGAGAUUUCCAAACUUGA